GCUACGUUCUUCUUAUGAAGUUCAAGUUUGAACUUCUUCACCUACCUACAUUAUCUAUUCGGUAAGUAGGUAGGUAUCUAUCAUGAAUACUUAGUAGGUGUCAUGUCUUCGGAUCUCAUUUUGGAUCAACCUCAAGAUGGCUAUGCUUCGACCUCUAGCAACAACUUUGUCUGGAUAUCUGAUUCCAAUUCCUCUCGAAAACUCAUCAAAGCUCAUGUUUCGAGAAACAGCCACGCAAAGGCUAGAAGAAAACGUAUGAUUGAAUACCAACAUAUAACAAUACAGCAAGGUCAACAAGAGCAAGGCAGUCGAGCCCUUUUCGAGCUGGAUUUUCGGAAAUUAGAUCCACCAUAUUUUACCCUCAUUGCUGAUGGUGUAGGUCAGCAUUAUGGCAGUAGCAAUACUUCCGUGUAUUACCCUUCCAUCAUAUCAUCGCUUUCAGAUCCAACUUCCGAAUUUGAGUCAUAUCUGUUAAACUAUUAUAUUCAUUCAAUUAUCAAACAUCGCACCGAGGACCAUUACGUAUCUUACGAACACAUAGCUUUGCAGGAAUGGUUUCCAGUUGCCGUCGCGCACCCUGGAAUGCGAAUGGGUUUGCUCCUCUGUGCUUCCAAAAGCCUGUAUGUCCGUACAGGUGCUUCGCGAUAUCACCAGUGCGCGCUGCGCUAUAAGGCGUCUUGCUUACGCAUGCUUGGCGAUGCCGUUAAAGCUGUUAUCGGAACAACCAAAUCUCCUGCUUUUACAUCUAGAGUAGAAGACUCAACAAUUUCGAUCGCGCUACAGCUUGCGUCGGAUGAGUUCGCCGCAGGGAAUUCCAUCGCGUGGGAGAGUCAUAUCAAUGCUGUAUAUGAGAUGGUUAAGCUGAAUGGGGGCUUGGAUACUAUCAAGGGUAUGAAUGGUUUCUUGAGAGUAAUGAUAGAAGUGAUGACGUCUAAACACCUACAUGGUAUGAUAUUAACAGCUAGCUCGGAUGUCAACGACGUUUCGAAGCUAUACAAACUAGAAUAUUUCUUUCGGGGAACCACCUCAAUGAGUCGUUAGGCACUUCAGAUGCGGAAUAACGACGUUAACUACGACUAAUGUUCACUCUGUCAGGCCAUGACGAUGCAUCUGAUUUCCCUAGGUCCAGGUAUUUUACGUUCCUUUUAAUGACUAAUUCUCGUUAAAUGGUAGUCGACAUGCGCUUUUCAGAUCAUAUACUGAGGGUACCUAACUAUGCUAUGAUGGCUUCCUUUUAAUCCUUGUUAGUAGUAAGUCAUGAACUAGGCUAAGGUUAUUAAUCAUUCAGGACAUCUGGAGGAAAAA